GUUAUAGCCUGAAUGCUGUCAGUAUGCGAUUGAUAGCCGAGCUAGUAGGACGCUCGAUUGUAAACCACUGUCAUAAUUUACUGUUAUUAUUAUAAUAUGGAGGCUUUGGUAUUGUGUAUUGGAUAAAACAAAUUAGACUUAUCCAGGCUUGUGUUUAAUACAAGAAACAGAUCAUUCGGAUUAUCGUUGUCUAAACAUUUUGAAUAUUUUAACAUUCAUUUAAAAUAAAUCGACAGGAUUUAAUAUUUAAAGGAAAGGAGACUUAUAUUUUCUUUGAAAACGAAGUUUAAAACAAAACAAACAUGACUUGUGUUUUGUCAAUGCCCGCUUUGUAUACGAGACCGUAUACAGAUAGUGGUGCGACAAUCCAAAAUAAUGGAUGUGAAAGUUUUGACUUUAACUGGAUUAAUCCACGCCCAUCCCAUCCCGGAUUAUCGGAUAAUCAAAAGUCAUCCACUCCAUGUCACAUUGAGGCAAGCACGGGUUCAUCGAUCCCAUGCCGUAUGGAACUUUCUAAUGAAUUUUCUGAGAAUGUCAAUUAUGAGCCAAUGAAUGGGGACUUUAGAAAAGACGAUAAAGCGGACAUUACCCAAAACGUGUCGGGAGAGGAUUUUGCUUUAAUAGGUAGUGCUGAUGAAUCCAAAGAGUUUGAUAUCUGCAAAAAGACUGAAGCUGAACUUAGAAUUACCUGUUACCCAACAAGUCAGGGAGUUAAACGAAAAGCUGAACAUUCCGAGCCAGAAGAAACGUUCAUUCCGCUGAAACGGGUUUCACCGUUUUUAAAUACCCCAAAGGAACGAAAGGACGAACGAAAGAAAAUUCUCAAAAUAUCCAUUAAGAAAUUAAAACAGUUAAGUGACCCUGAAUUCUUUCUUAGAAGAACUGUACUAGUCAAUAACACCACAAAGCGUCUGCAAUUAGAAUUAAGGGAAGAAAAACGUAGAAAUAAGCGAAGAAAAUAUAGAAAUGGUUUUGGCGUUCCAAACAGUAACUGUUUGUCAGACAUGUAUUUGUUUGAGGACCCAUUCCUAAGUGAGAAAAUUACCGACGAUAUGACUGAUACACUUAUCAAAAACGUGCUCUGUGAUAAAACAAACGACAUUUCCGAGGACUCUAAUGUAUCGGAGGACUCUAACAAAGUUUCCAAUGCAAUGGAACAUCAGUCCUCCGGGCAACAGUGUGUUGACUCGAGGACUUUCCAGCCAUUAAGUGCCAUUGAUGAAAACACGUUCCACAGUACAAGUGAAGGGACUAAAGUUUUAACGGAACUAGACAAAGAGUAAAAGUAGGAUAGGAACCAACUGGAUAAAUUAUAUGAUAAGAAAACAACUCAGGAAAUUUGUUGUGGCAGUUAUAGAGAGUUAGUGCUGAUAGGUAGACAUACUGUUAACAUCAGAGUUGAAUAUGUAGCUAAUACCUGUCGGGAAUGAAUAGCAAAGUGGUCGCUCGCUGAUCUAUGAAUUGGAGCUAAAAUGGUAAUGGUCAUAGCAAAUUAUCGUCAAGAAAAAAUGCAAAUGUUGCAGAAAAAAAUGUUUUUGCUUUUUUACAGCAGUUGUACAUGCCGAAAUGGAAUUCAAUAGAAAUUUGCAACACUUGAAAGGACAUACUCAAAUCGAACUUGAUUGAGAUUCAAAUUUUAGAAAAUUAAAAAAAAGGUCUGAACGGCUCCUGAAACGAUGUUAUCAGAUGAUAUUUUCAGCGUUCUUCGUUCAGUUUUUAGACUCUUUGAUGAUAAUGAUUUUUGAGAAGUUUUGACAGGAUUGUUUUGUUGUAGUUAAUUAAAUUAAUGACAUUUGAAAGGCUGGGCAAGAAAAUGCUUAAUGGAAUAUUAAUAUGUUAAAUAUUAUAAAAGCUCUAAUGGAGAAAAUGCGUGUCAAUAGUCAUUAUUUUCUAGUCAAGAUGGUUUUACUAAGCUAGGUGGUUUUGAAUUCAUUUCAGUGAUAAGCGAGGUAACUCCUGCUUUACUAAAUUUGUCCAAAUCGAUGGUACCUUUAUAUGCAUUUGAUGUAUUACGAAAGGACCGAAAAGUUGUUAUUUUGCCAUUAUUAUAUGCAUCAAUUGUGAACUUUGUAUGUUAGUAGGUAUAUUUAAAUAUGACCACAUAUUGUUAAAAUUUAUUUAAUAUAAGUUUAUUACAUGAACUGUUGUCAUGUUUAUGAACAUAUUUAUUAUUUAUUUAUAGCAAAUGACAUUUUUGACAGCUUUGUUACGAGAUUAAAUAUAAAAUGAAUAUUGAUGAACAUUUUUAUGUGCGUGAAUGGCUUGGUUUUCUGUCAACUUUUUAAAGCGGCAUGAUUCAAGUUGAGUCAAAUAAAACUUCAAAAAUUAAAAAAAUACAAGUAUAUUUAUUAUUAAAAAAAUGCAUAAGUAUUCAAAAUGCAGAUGGAAUUUUGAAUGUUUUUUUUUCGAAAUAUCAUUUAAACAGAUUUUACUGUACAAAUUCUAUGCCGUUACUAACGGAGAAAUAGAAAUUUCUACAUUUCUUGAAAAAUGACACGUAUCUUUGGUAGUCUAUGUUAAAUGAAUUGAUUUUAUACACUUGAUAAACCUUUUUUUACUCAUUUGUACAAUUUUUUUUCCAUAAAAAAUGACAAAAGUCUUUAGGCGUGCCGCUUUAAAAUGUAGUAUGCAAAUGAGAUUAUUUGAGUUGUCUAUUUAUAGUUUCAAAUGCUGUCUAUUUAUAGUAACAAUUGCUUGAAUUGUGUUAUUUAUUUAAUUUAUUUUGAUGCAGAAUUUUUUAAUUUCUAAUAUUACACACAUACUAUAUUUAAUUAUUUAAUAACAGGGGGAAGUUAUUGGGGUUAUGUAUGUAUUUAUGCAUGGUUGAAUAUUUUUAUUGCUAAAUAAAAUUUUGUGGUGGCUUUUUUUCUUGUUAAAAAUAAAACAACAAAACUUUAUUGUAUGAAGUAUGAAAGAAAUUGUAUAUAUGUUAACGAAUGGAAGUCGAUAUCAAAUAUCAAAAAAAUGUUAAAAAAAUGUGAUAGCUUACAAAGCAAUUUUUCAGAAAAUAAAAGAAAUGACGUCAAA